UCGGACUCCAUCCGGCUAACGGCGGUUCGCUCCCGGCGGAACGGGAUGGACUUGAUUGUUCUAAAUGUUUUCUUCUUCGAAGGAAACAUAUAUUUAAUUCUCAACUAAAAUUAUUGCACAUAUCCCGAAACUGUUUCCGUUCUAUAGCUUUUCUGUGGAAUUGCAGGAGUUUCCUGGCUGUAGCCCUGAGGCACAGAGCCGCACGCUGCAUCUCAGGUAUCAACUGGAAUGUCAUGUGGCGUGUCCUGUCGGCUCUUGUGUUCCUCAUGACGUCGCUCUCAUCAGGGAGGUGAAGGAGGGUGCCUGUAGAUAUGUACCGGUAGCUGUCUUCCACUGCUUCAUACAGAGUCAUAGCUACAGUUCUAUCAUUUCCGGCGCCUUGUCAUGAUGCUGCUCACACUCGGGCUUACACUGAUCUUCUGUACCACACUCGUUCACACACAAAGCCUGGAGCUAUUCAACUUCACUAAGGAAGACGCGCUCACCUGCAGCCAGGGCCUUACUGACUGUAACGUAAAGCCAGGUGAUAUAUGCCUUGAUCACGAUGACAGUGUUUAUGUGAGCGGUCUUGCUGCUCAUGCACUGUUGUGUCGCGGUCAUCAAGGCUUGCGUCCAUGCUUAAGAAUCUGGAUUAACAUUACAACUGCAGGAAUCCAAGAGGCAGCAGCUCCGUCCAGUGAAAAUAGCUAUAAUGAGAAAAGAAGUAAUAACACCUUAAACGAGCAUGGAAGUGGGCUGGGACCGUCUGUUUCCACAUCAGUGUCUGUCCAAGUGUGCUACCAGGGCCCAGACUUCUCAGGUUCAAAAGAGCUCACUUUCACAAUGCCCUUCUCAGAUGACUAUACAACACAGAUGUGGAUGUCGUUGAUAGUCGAGCUGAGGGAAGAUGAUUUUGGCAGUACUGUCACUGUCUUCUCUUCCAACACUGAUAAACCCAGCUUCACUAAAGACAUCAAGAUGCCUGCAAUAGAGAAAGUUUGUUCCCAAGGUCUGGCCAUUACACAGUGUAAAGUACCCAUUUUGUAUCCAGAAAUCAACUCCAAAACAGGAAUGGUAGAACUACGUGUGGGUGAUCUAGGCAAGGAUGAAGGUCAUGACUUGCGGGCCUGCCAGAGGAUGGAGAAAGAUGGAGCAUGCUUAAGACUAGAAUGGAAGGAGAAUCCAUUGAUGAUUCCAAUGAGCUCUGUCGCCCCCUGUCUCUGCUUUCAGAUUUGGUGGGUGGAUGGACCUCGCAAGACAUUUUGCCCAUUUUUUAAUAAAACAGCUCUCUCUGUCUCGAAUGUAUCUGUGUCUGUGUUGGAGUCUUUGACUCGAGAUGGAGCAAUGGCUCGAAACAGCACUGCUCUUGUUUGGAACGUCACCGCUCCCUGCAGACUGGAGGCUGAAAUUCAUCUCUGCAAGAAAACUUCAGGCUCCAGCAAAGACUGCCAUGUAACCGAUGACUUACAGAACAGCAGGCAUCAUGUACGCAGCCACCAACAUCGAAAAUGGAACUUGAUUAACGAGCAGCACUGGCAAUUACAAGGCGAGUUUGUUCACGUGGACCGUCACCCUUCACUCUGUGUGCAGGUCAAGGUUAAGGGAAUCGAAGGCCAUUUUGACCUUGUCUGCCCUUUUGAAAUUACCAGAACUCAUUGGAGUUUGUUUCUGUUGGUAUCUGUACUUGUCAUGUGUCUGGCAGUCUUGGGAGCCUGUGUUCUCCAGGGAUUAGUCAAAGCAGGUUGGAUAUUCAAGUGGCUGAAAAUGGACAGCAUCAGCAGUAGAGUAGGAGGUGGUCAGGUGGUGCUGCUGUACCCUCCAGAUGCAGACAGCGCUAUCGCAGAGCUGGCGUGUCACCUCGGUUCGGCUCUCUCCUUGCUGGGAUUCGGCGUCUCUUUGGAGUUGUGGAGCCGCAAGGAGCUGAAUGCACUCGGCCCCGUACCCUGGUUGCACUCACGUCUUCAUCGUAUGCAGUGCCAUGGCGGCAAAGUGGUGCUCGUGCUCACCCCUGCCGCUUGGGCACGAGCAGAGGAGUGGUGUCGAAGCAGCGGAGAGAAGCCUGAGCGGCAGGGGAACUACUCGGAUGUUUUCAGUGCCUCGCUCAGCUGCAUUCUUGCUGAUUACCUACAGGGCCGUGCCGGUGAACGCUUCGCCCUAGUGCAGUUUGAAACGCAGCCAGCCGAACCCCCGAACGAAAGGGGAUCCAUGCCUGAGCUUUUUCGUGGGCUUCCUCUUUUCAGCCUGCCCUCUCAGAGUCUGGGAUUUCUAACUGAGAUCACUCAUGGGGCUCACAAAGGGCAAAAAGAAAACGAGAGAGCUGAGAGCAGAAGAACAAGGGCCGGUGUUUUGAGAGCAGGAGCACGAAUUUUAGCAGGAAAAUUGCGAGAGCUAACAGGGGGAGCAGGAUCCAAGUUAGCGGGGGUUUCUCAGGAUUGCAUGGGGUUGGAGAAGGACGAUUCGUGGGUCACUAUACCUCUGACACUGGGGCACUUGUCCCCACCUGCUAGUCCUGAGUUACACAGUGAGAACAGCACUGUCGAUUGAAUUCCGGUAAAUGAGUCAAAGUUUCACAGAGGUGCACAAGAGAACGGGUGAUGUUGUUUUGUCUUAACCCUGACGCUCAGUUUUUAACUAAGCAAGUAAAUGUCCCGCUGAGCUAGGCCAUGAUUUGGCUCGUCAGCAUUGCUGUCUCACAGCUCCAGGGUCCUGGCUUCGAUCCUAUGUUUGUGUGGGUUUCCUCUGGGUUUUCCAGCUACCUCCUUGCGUCUUGGCUACACUGGAAUGCCCCUAGAUGUGAAUGAGUGUGUGAAUGUGUGUGUCCUGUGAUGAAUCCAGAGUGAAUUCUCCUGCCUUGUGCCCAGUGUCACUGGAAUAGCUUCCGGAUCCACAGGAUAAAGUGAUCACUGAAAAUGAAUGAAUGAAAAGAAACAAUAUUUAUUAGAUUCAAUUCAGUUAAAAGGUGAAAUAAAAUUUUACUUGCCAUUUGUACACUGUAGCUCCUGGCUGGCACUAAUGCCCCCUUUCAGCCAGUUCUGGGCUGGUGCUCGUGCUGGUUUGGAGCUGGUUCAACUUGUGAAGAACCGGUUUCCUUUUCCACGGGCGAGAGAGCCACGUCAUUCUGUCACUGUAUGAGUACGAGGGUAAGUCAAAAAGUUCUCAGACAAAUUGGAAAAAAAAAAAUCUUUAUUUAUGAAAAUAACAAAGCUAUUUCUCUACAUAUCGUCCAUUUAAGUCGAAACACUUCUGCAAGCGGUGUUUCCAUCGGAGAAUUCCUUCUUUGUAGAAUUCCGGGGGAUGUCUUUCACACCUUUUGAAAUUAUAACAUCUGUCUUCGAACUUUUUGACUUACCCUCGUAAAGUGCUCAGCGUAAAUGAGUCCACCCCCUUUGAAAA